AUGUCAUUGAAACAGGAAAUUGAAACAUGGGUUGGCGCCCUGGACUGCUAUGAUAAUCAGGAGUUCGAAGAAGCCCUGCGACUCUUUAAUGAGAUUGCCGACACCUCUAAGAUACUCUUCAACCUUGGAGUGAUUCAUGCCACUUUGGGUGAACAUGAAAAAGCCGUCGAUUGCUAUCAACGAUCAGUAGGACUGGAUCGGUAUCUUGCCAUCGCCUAUUUCCAACAAGGUGUUUCGAACUUCUUGCUAGGAGACUUUGAAGAAGCCCUCGCAAAUUUCAACGACACACUACUUUAUCUCCGGGGCAACACUUCCAUCGACUAUGAACAACUGGGCCUCUUGUUUCGUUUGUAUUCAUGUGAGGUGUUGUUCAAUCGUGGUCUAUGCUACAUCUAUCUCCAACAAAUCGAGCCUGGCAUGAAAGAUAUGCAGUUUGCUGCAAGGGAGAAAGUUACAGGAGACCACGAUGUCAUCGAGGAUGCUAUACGUGAGAAUGCAGAUGGGUAUACCGUCUUCUCGAUCCCUGUAGGGACUCUAUAUCGUCCAAACGCCGCCAAAGUCAAGAACCUGAAAUCCAAGGACUACCUAGGCAAAUCCCGCAUAGUUGCUCAAUCAAAACGAAAUCUCGACCCAGAAGAGAAUUGGAGGCCGAUCGUCGUGGACAAGACGGCAUUUGAGGACCGGGAUGGAAUGUCCUAUGCAGCCACAAAUUUGGUUCAUAAAAAUUUGAGCAGUCGCACUCGUCAGCAAUCGGAACCACCUUUGAACCGCAAUGUAUUUCCACCAACACCACCGCCCGAUGACCGCUCCACCAGCAAUGGAUCUUCAUCUGGAAGCAGUCAGGGCCAUCAUCGCACUUCCUCACUUCGGAAUGCGCGGCCCUCACUACGGCUGGAGCUAGAGCGAACAGGCGCUGCCCUAGACCGUCGACCCACUGGAUCAGAGACUGCGUCACCACUCGCUCCGGCACCACAUGUUCAGGCAUCUGCAGAAAAGCCACGGAUCGGGACGACUCGGACAGCAUCGGAGCCUCGUGGGCCACCGUCUCGGCAAUUUAACAUGCGCGGCUACUCGCAAGAUCCCAAUCGCUCCUGGCCUUCACAAGAAGGACACCGCAGGAAUCAUAGCGAUAAUGACUUUUCCCCAAAUCAAGAGUACGGACAGGCCGACACGCAUGACCCAUACCAAGGGUCCCGAUCUCAUACCAACUCGGGCUACGGGCGAGGAAGCCGCUAUCAGCCUCCACAAUACAUCAACGAAGCAGACGAAUAUGCCGCAGAACUAUGUGGUAGCGAGCCGCUGAAAGAUGGAGGCUUUGAGCUAGUAGGCGGCCCACCUGAUGGCAGCCCAUCUACUCGGCAACGGCGAGCGCGAUCUCCAGCGCAGUUCUCAAACCAGACAAACUCCAGACGGCCGGAAGUACAAAAAUUCCGCACAAAGGUCCACGCGCCAGAUGAUAUUCGGUAUAUCAUCAUCGGGCCUACGAUAGAAUAUGCAGAGUUCGAAACUCGUAUUCGCGAAAAGUUUGGCUUCAAACAUUCUUUGAAGAUCAAAGUUCAAGAUGAUGGUGAUAUGAUUACUAUGGUAGACCAGGAGGAUCUGGAUUUACUCCUAAGCUCAGCCCGAGAGGUUGCGCGCCGGGAAGGGAGCGAGAUGGGAAAGAUGGAGAUAUGGGUUGAAGAACGAGUUGUUUGA